AUGGGCUUGCAGUGUUCCAAGGCAUCUUCGACGGAGUUCAAAGCGAAACCAAGUGAAUUGCCGGAGAAGGAGCUUGGGCCGAUCGACUUGUGCUCACGUCUGAACACGAGCCUGCCCAUCGGCACUCGGCAUCGGACUCCUCUCAAGAAAUUCUCCAACUGCUUUUCGAGCGUGGAGGCUGUGAACUGGAUGCUGGAGCACAAGCAGGCGAGGGACAAGAAUGAGGCUGUGCGGAAGUGCCAGACGCUGCUCCGUCGACGCCUCCUUGAGCAGGUUGAUGGACCUGCCGAGUUCGAGUACGACGCCAAGCGGUUCUAUCGCUUCAAGCCUGCUGAGGCGUGUUGA